AUGCAAUUGUUGGUCCAGUAUUGAAGUAAGUGAGGUGAUCGAUCAGCGAGCGAGCUGUAACCUUACGAACAAAUAACACACAUUUAAACAAACCAAUGGAAAACAACGAAACAGACGGAACUGGUGUUAAAUACUAUCGACUGUCAGAGGUGGAGGAACGGAACUCUUUUAAAAGCACAUGGAUUAUCAUUCAUAAUAAAGUGUACGACGUCACGAAGUUUCUCGAGGAGCACCCGGGCGGAGAGGAGGUGCUGCUAGAGCAGGCGGGUGGAGAUGCCACAGAGAGUUUCGAAGAUGUGGGACACUCGAGCGAUGCACGAGAGAUGGCCAGUUCUUUUGUCAUAGGAGAGCUACAUCCAGAUGACAGGGACAAGCUUGCCAAACCACCAGAAUCACUUGUGACAACCGUUGAAGAAACCACAAGCUGGUGGUCAAACUGGUUGAUACCUGCCGUCGCCGCAGUAAUCGUCACAUUGAUGUACCGUAUAUACACGGCUGAGGAGGCAUGAUGGGGUGUUUUUCUCGCUCUGCCUACAACUACAAUACCCAUAAUCCAUUUCAGGUUUUCCAAUUACCAUAAAGAUUCUACUAAUGAAGGCAACCUUUGUGUUAGUUUCAAUGUUUGUUGUCACAUUUCUCUGGAGAUUUAAAUACUGAUAUAUGCAGAUGUUUUUAUGAUAAAUGAAAUGAUAUUUUAGAUCUAUGCAUACUAAAGAUGAAGUUUUCAUUUGUGUACUUGUGUAAUACUAUGUGUAUACCAUUUAUAACCUCCACGGUGAAGUGGGCAAUAUCCUGAAUAUUAUCACAUGCACAAAGACAACAUUGUGUUCCUCAGAGAAAUCAUUUAGUUUCACUUGAAAUGUUGUUGAUCUUCAUGUCAUUGCGAGUUGAUUGUACUUGGACCAGAGAGAAAUGAUACAAAUGUUGAAGUUCUCAAAAACCAAUGAAUAAAAUGCAAGAUGUUACUGUUUAACAAAA